AAGUAUCUUGCCAUAGCUCGGAACUAAGCCAGAGAUCCCAUUGUUUUUAUCUAUGACAUAAAAUGCAAGCAAGAAAAAAAAAAUGAAAUACCCAGAGAGAUUUAGGACCUACGGGAUAAGACACGCCGACAACAUCACUGAUAAGAUAAUUCGUUUCCUCGCAAUACCUACCCAAGAAGGCCGAAGCUUCACAAAAUUAUCAGAAAAGAAAAAAGGCAGAGAACAAAUGGAGACCAAUAUUGCAGGAUCUCAGGGGCUGCUUGGAGACCAGAGAGUUUUUUAAGUCCUAAUACGACACCGUUUGUUUCAUUUUUUUUGUCUUUUUGCCUUUUUUAACCUUUUGAAAUCUUCAUUGCUUUCGCUCCGACUGAGAGUUGCUCUUUCUCCUCCAAUGUAUAAUCGCUCGAAUCUGAAUCCAAAAAAUAAGAGAGACAGAGAGCGAAUAGUAUGCGUUAAUGGCUCAGACCAAAUCGAGCUCAAGAGUCGAUCAAAGUCAAGUACCAAAUAAAUGGCCAGAAUUUCAAUGCGAGACCUCUUUCGAAUCAGACUCAGAAACACCUCUCUCAGCCAACACCGCCCUCCUGUUCUAGCCCCUCCCAAACAGAACUACCUCUUUUCAGCUCCAUACUCCUCUUCUUUUCCUUAUAUUAAAGAUAGGCCCAACUCUAUUUAUCACCCAAGUGUUGAACUUCUCAAAUCAUGUCAAAACACAAGACAUCUCUUUCAAGUCCAAUCUCAGUUGAUCACUCGUGGGCUAUUUCCCUUUUGGUCUUCUAGGCUUCUAAAACAUUAUUCAGAUUUUGGUAAUAUUGAUUAUACCAUUUUGGUUUUUAGAUAUAUUGAUUCGCUACGUACUUUUUGUGUAAAUAAUGUUAUUAAGGCAUACUCACUCAGUUCUAUUCCACAGCAAGCUGUGGUUUUCUAUUUUGAGAUGCUGCAAAUUGGGUUCUCUCCAAAUAGUUAUACUUAUGUUUCACUCAUUGGUUCUUGUGCAAAGAUAGGGUGUGCCCAAUCUGGGCAAAAGUGCCAUGGGCAAGCUUUGAUUAAUGGGGUUGAUCGUAUUUUGCCAGUUCAGAACUCAUUGAUUCAUUUCUAUAGUUGUUGUGGGCUUGUAGAAUUUGCUAGGAAGGUGUUCGAUGAAAUGACUCAAAGGGAUUCGGUGUCUUGGAAUUCAAUUAUUAAUUUGUAUGCGGGCAUUGGUGAGUUGGGUGUUGCUCAUGACAUUUUUGAUGUAAUGAUCGAGAGAAAUGUCAUUUCAUGGAAUACCAUGAUUAAUGGAUACUUGAAGGGUAAUAACCCCGGGUGUGCAUUGAUGCUAUUUAGGAAAAUGAUGAAUAGUGGAUUGCGAGGAAACGAUAGAACUAUAGUUGGUGUGCUUAGCGCUUGCGGUAAAUCAGCUAGGCUAAAAGAAGGACGUUCUGUUCAUGGCUUUUUAAUCAGAACGUCCCUGAAAUUGACUAUAAUUCUUGAUACAUCUUUGAUAGAUAUGUAUAGUAAAUGCCAGAAGGUGGAACUGGCACGGAGAAUUUUUGAUAGCAUGUUACAUAAGAAUUUGAUUUGCUGGAAUGCAAUGAUUUUGGGCCAUUGCAUUCAUGGAAAUCCAGAAGAUGGGCUUAAUUUAUUUGCAGAAAUGAUAUCAGGAGAUGGAGAAGCCAUUCCCGAUGAAGUUACUUACAUAGGGCUUCUUUGUGCAUGUGCUCGAGCAGGAUUGUUGACGGAGGGCAGAAACUUUUUUAGCCAAAUGAUGCAUAAGUAUAGUCUAAAGCCAAAUUUCGCACAUUACUGGUGCAUGGCUAAUCUUUAUGCCGGUGUUGGCCUAGUUCAAGAAGCAGAAAAUAUACUAAGGAACAUAGCAGAGGGUGAUGAGAAUGUGUUAUCAGAAUCCUUGGUUUGGGCUAAUUUGCUCAGUUUAUGCCGUUUCCAAGCAAAUGCCACUUUUGGAGAAAGGAUAGCAAAAUGUCUAAUAAAUAUGGAACCUUGGAAUUUCUCGCACUAUCGGUUGCUGCUCAAUGUCUAUGCUGUGGCAGGUAAAUGGAAUGAUGUUGCUGGGGUAAAAGAGAUGGUGAAAGGAAGAAGGAUGAGAAGAAUGCCAGGGUGUAACCUUGUGGACUUGAAAGAAAUUGUUCACAAUUACAGAGUGGGGCAUUGUUUGCAAGAGGGAAUUGAAGAAAUCAACAUGAUGAUAGAUGAAGUGGCUGAAAGACCAAGUUCGUGAAUUGCUGGUUGAGAACAACGGACAUUGAGCAUGUCAUGCCAUGUACUGGAACUUGACCUCAAAGGCUAUGUGGGUGAGGAAGGUAUUGAUAUCCCUCUGCUAAAGCAAUUACUGAAAUAGGCAUACCUUCUCAUUUCGUCAGCGAGAAUGUUUUAUUAAUAAAAAUUUUGUAGUUGGUUGAUAAGGAUAGUAGUAGGUCAUUUUUUGAACUUGAUAAAAGGGCUUGUCAAGGAAAAAAGUUCCAUUAACAGAAUGGAAUUGUAACCACACGAUUCCAAUUGAUUAAAGAUUUAAACACAAGGAUUGAACUCUCAAAAUGUGCUUCCUAUUUCAAUUUCUGAUAGACUAUUUUAAGGUUGCGUGUUCUCUUCA